AUGUCCAUUCCAUUCAAAGGAAGCCAAACUGAGAAGAAUGUUGCAGCAGCAUAUGUUGGUGAAUACGUUGCAUAUGUUCGCUAUCAGUCUUGCGCAAAGAAAGCCAGAAAAGAAGGUUUUGAACAGAAUGCAGACUAUUUCUUAGAGACAGGAGAAAACGAAAGAGAGCAUGGCAACAUCUUUUUAAAGAUGCUUACGGAUUCAGAUCCUGUGAUUAAUGUUCCGUUCCCAAUCGAGACAUGUCAAAUUAAAUCAACAUUAGAGAACCUUAAGAUCUCUGCUGCUGGAGAAGAAAAUACAGGCCUCAAAGUAUAUCCUUAUAUGGCCGCAAUUGCAGAAAAAGAAGGUUUUGUUGAAAUUGCAAACACAUUUAAGCUUAUUGCUGAAGUUGAACAUGAGCAUGGUGUUAGAUUAGCAACACUUGCCAAACAAGUUGAAAAUGGAACAUUCUGGAAACGCGAAAAGGAAGUUGAAUGGAAGUGCAGAAAUUGUGGAUAUAUCUUCAAAGGAAAAGAAGCUCCUAAAGAAUGCCCUGUUUGCCAUCAUCCACAAAGCUUCCAACAAAUCAGAGAAGUUUUAGAAUAA